ACCCAUUAUAUGUAUGUUGUUGUGUUUCGGGCGCAGACAGCGAUUUUUGAGACAUUUUGUAUAGUCUUUAAUUUUUCAAUUUGUAAUUGAAUAUUUGUCCUAUAUAAUAAAUAAAAAACUGCAUAGUUUACAAAUAGUUGUAGAGAUUUUAACGUACAUAAAAAUUAAAUCUCAAUAAUUUUGUUGAAAUUUUGCUGCAGAGAACAUUGAAAUUAUGGAUCUGCAAAAGAGCUUGAUCAAAAAAUUAAACAAAGUUCAGAGUACGUGGAAUGAAAUCAGGGUAGAUGGAGACCGCUGUCGCGCUAACUUUAAAAAGUGGCGCAAUUGUAGGCUUGAUACACUCUCGGCACUAGCAGAGUUUCAGGAUAAAUUUGAUAGAAUUCAUCAACAUAGCAGUACUGCCCGGGCUGUAGGAAAUGGAGCUACCCUAUUGGGAAGCUUGGCAGCAUUCGUCGGUUUUGGCUUGACUUUCUCUAAGGAUUGGAAACCUAUUGGAAAAGAAUUGAUGAAAUAUGGCUCUACCGUUGGUAGCGUGGGAGGUGCUACGACCUUUGCUGUGCCUCUUGUGGAAUGUGGAUUCAAUGCUCAAACAUUAAAAGAAUUAAAAGCAACAUUAGAAGAAGAUAGGCGACAAACAGAAGAGCUUCUUCCUUGGUUUGAUAGAAACAAAGAUUUGGACACUCAUCUUCGAGAAGUAUUUGGUUGCGGCUUUGCAAAUAUCAACGAUGUUUUAAUAGUUAUUCGUGAAGUUGCAGUUAUUUAUUCAAAAGGUGGUGAAGCUUGGAAUAAUCUACGAUCUUACUUAUCAGCACUUAUUACAAAUAACCGCUUACCAAAUUUGAAUAAUAAGAAUUUAGAAGCAAUUAUACGUAAUGCAAGUUACAAAAUGCAACUAUUACUUAAAGAGUUUUGCGAUAGUCCUGCAGUACGAUCAGCCACAUGGAGAAUUUAUGAUUCCUUUAAGAAGAAUCCAAUUUCAUUUGACUUAUCUAAAAUGAGCGUUCGUAUUGUGGAAAAGGCGGCAGUGCAGGAAAUGGCUUUUUUAAGCUUCUUUGCUUCGGCUGAUGGCCGAUCCUUGUGGCGCUGCGUUGACUUGACAGCACGAGGCAUAUUUCGGACAAUCAAUGUUGCUUUGAGCAUUUUGGCAUUUCUUUCAUCCGUUGAUGAUAUUAAAAAUGGGAAAUCGAAAUAUUCCGAAAUGGUUGCAGAAACCAUUAAUUCUUUGUUACUGGAGUUGCAAGCAGUGGAAUCACAUAAAGUGCUUGAAUGAGCCGGAUAAAAAAAAUUUUCGACUAUAAUCUUAACAAAACGCUUACCCAUUAAUUUUCAAAUGAAUUUUGAUGAUUAAUUAAGAGUUAAUAAUUUUUUCAAGCAUAUUUUUUUUUCUGUUCAUUUAAAAGGUUUUUUAGUGUUUUUCUUUAGAAUUUUUCUAAUUUUUCUUACAAACAAUUUUAAAUAGGACGCCUUUCUUGUAUCUUAUAUAUAUACUUUAUAAUGUCGUUUGUUUUUGUAUGCAAACUUGAAAUUGAAGAAAAUUUGAUAAUGGAUGCUCUAUGUAUCAGAAAAAAACAGUGGGAACUAUGUAUUUUUUAAAAAAUUUGAUGCAUUUAUAUGUUUAGCAAAAGUUGUAAAAAAAAAAAAACCCAAUGCUUUAUGUAUCUUAAUAAUUUUUUUAAAUAAAAAAAUGUGUGAUUUAUCUAACAUGUAGAUAUUCUUGUGUAGUAAACACUGUUGCCAUUUACAAAUGUUAAAUAAAAUGAAAUACUAUUUGUACAAUACUAAAAUAUUUUCAAUGUUGAGUUUCUUAAAAAAAGAAAAUGUCAAGUUACUUUUUAAAGCACUUAAACAAUUUUCUAUAUUGAUAAAAAAUUGUCAUAACUUAUCAGUAAUUUAUCACGAACGGCUUAGCGAUACAAUUACUUUAAAAAAAUGUGUAUUUACAGUGGUCAACCAUUGUUAGAAAUUUUUUGCUAAACGAUCUUUUCUUUUAACUCUCCUUGAGAAGCAGGGGCCAAUUGCAAUAAAGAGUUAUUUCUCUUUUUGCGUAAUCUGUGUGCGUGUAUGUUGUCUACUUAGUAGAUCUUGAUAUUUUGUAUUGUCAUCCUAUUUCUCUUACUAGUAAAUUUCAAUUUUGGUUUCAUUAAACCUUUUUUUUUCUUCAGUUUUCUGAAGAUUGCUUUUGUAUUUUUGCAUCAAAUUCUGAUAAAAAAUAAAUAAUACACUAUUAUCCAACGAGUGAUAGGAUAUACUUUGUGCUAUGUAGAUAAAGACUAAAAACUUGAAUAAAGCACAAAUGAAAGUAAA